CGUUUUCAUUACGUUUUAAUGUAAACAGCGAAAUGUUUAUGUAUGGCCAUUGUAUUUAUAAAUACAAUGGUAUAGCGAUCAGCCGAUCGAAUUUAUGGCAUAAAUUGGAAACGGGGCGCCUAUUAAACGAGGCGACGCCUCCACCAGGUGAAACGAUGAGCGUUGUGUACGGCUUCGAGGCGCGCGCAGUCGUCGCGGAAGGUCGCAUCACGACCGCCCAAAUUGAGCACGUCAAAGCGUGGCUGACCGCCGAAAAUCUCCACCUAACCGACGAACAGGUCGUCCUCUUCUCGUUGUCCUGCCUAAACGAGCCGGAAGACACCAAGACCACCAUUAGAGCGUACUGCACCACGAAGAAGAUCCACCCCGUGUUGUUCACCGAUCGAAGUAUGCGCCAGUCGGAGCUCCAGCAGCAGUUGCAAGUCGUUGACUUCGCCGUGUUCCCGAGGCGAACCGUCGACGGAUGCGCGAUCGUCUUCCACAGUCUACGCGACCCCAACUUCCGCCGCUACCACAUGGAGACGGCGAUGAAACUGUUACUCAUGACUCUAGACGCCGCCAUCUACGACCACCCCUCGACCGGCCUCGUGAUGCUGUUCGACAUGAAGGGAGUCGGCCUCCUUCACCUCACCCGCGUCCGACUCAAAGCCGUACAGGUCUUCUGCCAGUACCUCCAGGAAGCGCUGCCGGUGAAGCUGACCGAAAUUCACGUUCUCAACACGGUGAACUUCCUGGAGAAGGUUCUCAACAUCCUCAGGCCGUUUGUUAAGACCGAACUCUUCGAAAAGAUCAAGUUCCACUCGACCCGGCUCGACAUGGACGAGUUCCACGCGAAGUACGUGCCGCGGGAGUGUCUACCGGCCGACUACGGCGGCGAGCUGGGGCCGCUCGAGGUGCUCGCCGAGGGAAACGCGAGGAGGCUGCUCGAAUUGGAGACGUUUUUUGAGGCCGAAGAGAAUCAGCAGAGGCGAAAUAUAAUUUGAACGUAAAAUAAAUGCGAUUAUCUGUG